CAUUCCUCCGUAUAAAAUGUUUUUUUGUACGGAGUAAGAUCCCAGAAGGCUUCUCUUUGGAAUAAUUGAGUAAUUGACUGUCCCCAUUUUCUGCCUAUCUCUGACCCUCGACGGGAUGGCCACCGUGAGAUCUACAGUGCCGCCGUCUUCAUCAAAAACCCGAUGGAACAAACUCUCAGUCCACGCAUCUCGCAUCUAUUUUGUUCUCAUCAUCCUUCAGAUACCUCUCUUCAGGGUUCCAUGUAGAUCUGGUAUGUGUACAACACCAAUGCAUGUCACAUCUUCCCAGUUGAUUGCCAGUGAUAUAUUUCCUGUUCCAGUUGUGAAGGUCCUUCUGUACCCUGGGGCAUUUGCCAAUAGCUUAAUCAGGAAUAUGACAGUUCCUAGUUGGGACAAUUUGCUAAACAUGUACAACCUGACUCGUAUAAAGGAUGCUUCUGCAGUAUCGGACCUACAGCGCUUGGAGGUUCUUGCUGGAAGCUAUUUCUCUGUAGCUGGAGCUCUCAUUGGCAUCAUAAAAUCUGGAAGGAUGAGCAUGUUUGGAACACUACUAGUUAUUUGGGGCCUUGUAAAGGAAGGUAUACUUAACAAACAAGCAAACCCUGAUCCUGCAAGGGCAGUCUUUGUCUAUCCAACAAUGUUGAUAGCAUUGGUCUGUUCGUUCCUGUCUGUGAAGUAUGACAUAAAGAGGGUUAUGAGAGGGACACCAGUAAGAGCCGUGGCAAAGCCUCUGCAGAGAUCCUCAAAAAACAAACUGAACUGAAUCCUUCCUGGUAGUGGUACUGAUGCUUUUUCUAUCAGAUGCUUCUUCUCCCAUGGAUGUUUCGUCAUAUUCUGGGGACCUAAUUAAGUAUGAGUAUGUUGGAAUCCCUUGGAAAAUUUGACUGCAUGAAAGGGGAAAUUAAUGUGAAGAAAUACUGAGAAGUAUGAAAAGCUGCUGUGAGAUUUUAACUGAGAUCCGUCAGUUUCCCUUUCUGUUUGCUACUUGGGUCAUUCUGUUGAGAUUUAAGAUCUUAAAUGCUCAUUCAUUCAUUACUUGGGUCAUUUUU